AUGGCAGUGUCAGCUCUAACCGGAUUCUCCGUGGUCAGUUUGCUCAGUCUCGGCUACCUGUCGUGGGACUUUAUGAGACCGAACCAGGUGGAGAACGAGUCAGUUCCGAACUUUCGAGACCGGUCGCCGGUACCGCAUCCCCCUCACAUCAUCUUCAUCAUGACGGACGACCAGGGAUUCAACGAUAUCGGUUACCACGGCUCCGACAUCCAGACACCGACGCUGGAUAAACUGGCCGCGGAUGGAGUGAAGCUGGAGAACUAUUACAUACAGCCCAUAUGCACGCCAUCUCGCAGUCAGCUGAUCACCGGCAGGUACCAGAUCCACACUGGCCUGCAGCACUCCAUCAUCCGACCCCGUCAGCCCAACUGCCUUCCCUUUGACCAGGUCACCCUUCCCCAGAGACUGCAGGAGGCUGGCUACUCCACCCAUAUGGUAGGCAAGUGGCACCUGGGCUUUUACAAGAAGGAGUGCCUGCCCACCCGCCGAGGCUUUGACUCCUACUUCGGUUCUUUGACAGGCAGCGUGGAUUACUACACCUACAAGUCAUGUGAUGGCCCAGGGAUGUGUGGUUUUGACCUCCACGAGGGGGAGACAGUGGCAUGGGGUCAGGGGGGGAAGUACUCCACCCAUCUGUACACCCAGAGGGUGAGGAAGAUCUUAGCUGCCCACGACCCUCAGGCACAGCCUCUGUUUAUAUACCUCUCCUUCCAGGCGGUGCACACACCUCUCCAGUCCCCGCGGGAAUACAUCUAUCCAUACCGCGGCCUGGGCAACGUGGCCAGGAGGAAAUAUGCAGCCAUGGUGUCGGCUGUAGAUGAAGCGGUGAGGAAUGUGACCUAUGCCCUUCGUAAGUAUGGCUACUACCAGAACAGUGUCAUCAUAUUCUCCACUGACAACGGAGGCCAGCCCUUCUCCGGGGGUAGCAACUGGCCUCUGAGGGGGCGUAAGGGCACCUACUGGGAGGGGGGCGUGAGGGGGCUGGGCUUUGUCCACAGCCCCCUGCUGAGGCAUAAGAGGAGGGUGAGCAAGGCCCUGGUGCACAUCACCGACUGGUACCCCACGCUGGUUGGGUUGGCUGGGGGAAACGCGUCACAGACCGAGGGGCUAGAUGGGUAUGACAUGUGGGGGGCCAUCAGUGAGGAGAAGGAGUCCCCCCGACUGGAGAUCCUCCAUAACAUCGACCCUCUCUACAACCCGGCCCGGAGCGGCUCCCUGCAGAGUGGCUAUGGCAUCUGGAACACAGCCAUCCAGGCCUCCAUCCGUGCAGGCGACUGGAAGCUCCUGACCGGAGACCCCGGAUACGGAGACUGGACCCCGCCCCCGAUGCUCCCCGGCUUUCCCGGCAGCUGGUGGAACCUGGAACGCCACCUGGAACCUCAGAAGUCAGUAUGGCUCUUUAACAUCAGCGGAGACCCGUACGAACGCUAUGACCUGGCCGAGCAGCGACCGGACGUGGUCAAAGAGCUCCUGGCGCGGUUGGUGUUCUACAACCGGACUUCUGUCCCGGUGCGGUACCCCUCUGAGGACCCCAGGGGCGACCCAGACCUGAACGAGGGUGCGUGGGGACCGUGGGUGGGGGACGAGGAGGAGGACCACUGGAACGGGGUUUACCACAAAAAGACCAAGGACGGGAAGAAGUACAAGCUGUCCAAAACCAAAUCCUUCUUCAGGAGACUUAACACUAGAAUCAUGUCCAACCGGAUAUAG